UACACCAUGGUGUCACCUGUUCUACUUCGGGGAGAGACUGAUAAUCUUAAGCUCAAAGCCGAUUACCUUUCCAGCUGGGACCUGUCCUAUCUCAAGUUCUGCUGCAAGGCCCAUGGCAUUCGUAGGGAACUGUACGCCUGUCAAACCAUCGCCGUCGUCAGCCUCACCGAUAUCAAACGCUGCUAUCCCCUGGGCACCGUCUUCGAGGAUCACUUCCCAAACAAGACCAUGUACUCGCAGCUAGCGGUGAAGCAUAUCAGCCAGACGCGCCCACAGGGCAAUCCAUCGCCGAAGAACGUCAUUCACCAAACCGUGCGGAGUUCGGUUCUGCAGCCCGCCAAUACUACAACCACGAAGGCCACAAAUCAGCGUCAUCAGGCUCUCAAACCGCACAACGAAAACCAGCAAGCGACCAAGCGCCCACAGGUCAAUCCAUCGCCAAAGCAAGCCGUGUGCAAUUCCGCCAACGAGGCGCUUGCUGUGCGGAGUCACGCAGGCCAGGUUCUGCAGCACGCCAAUACAACCACGAUGACCGACAACGACCAGCAGGAGUCCGGGCAAGGUCCUUCCAAUCGGGUGGUAUCCGUCAUUAUGCUCGUACAGAGUCCUAUCAAUCCGCCGCUGCAGGAGUCCUGGCUUCAUUCCGUCAUUCCGUUGCAAGAGCAGCUCCAAAAUAAAACCUGGAAAGAACUGGACAAAUCGCCGUCGUCGGUCAGGCAGCGCUCACAUCUGCCGUUGCCGUCAUCGUCGGCUGAGUCCCCCCGGAGCAGGUCACCAGUAUUCUCGCCGUCGCCGGUCAGGCAGCGCUCACGUCUGCCGUCGCCGUCAUUGUCGGCUGAGUCCCCCCGGCGCAUGUCGCCAGUAUUCUCGCCGUCGCCGGUCAGGCAGCGCUCACGUCUGCCGUCGCCGUCAUCGUCGGCUGAGUCCCCCCGGAGCAGGUGACCAGUAUUCUCGCCGUCGCCGGUCAGGCAGCGCUCACGUCUGCCGUCGCCGUCAUUGUCGGCUGAGUCCCCCCGGCGCAUGUCGCCAGUACUCUCGCCGUCGCCGGUCAGGCAGCGCUCACGUCUGCCGUCGCCGUCAUCGUCGGCUGAGUCCCCCCGGAGCAGGUCACCAGUAUUCUCGCCGUCGCCGGUCAGGCAGCGCUCACGUCUGCCGUCGCCGUCAUCGUCGGCUGAGUCCCCCCGGCGCAU